UUUAUCAAUUUCGUUUUAUGUCAAAAAGUACCUACAGACAAAGAGUGACUAUUAUUUUUAGUUUUCAUACUAAUUGUGUAAAUUUUCGUGCAAAAUGUCUUCAAGAAAAAAGGUUCUUUUAAAAGUUAUCAUCCUUGGCGACAGUGGCGUUGGUAAAACUUCGCUGAUGAAUCAGUUUGUCAACAAAAAAUUUUCCAAUCAGUACAAGGCGACAAUAGGCGCUGAUUUUCUCACGAAAGAAGUAAUUGUCGACGACCGAAUCGUCACGAUGCAGAUUUGGGACACAGCCGGGCAAGAGCGAUUCCAGUCAUUGGGGGUGGCGUUUUAUCGUGGGGCCGACUGUUGCGUCUUAGUCUUUGACGUAACUGCCCCCAACACGUUUAAGUCCUUGGAGAGUUGGAGAGACGAAUUUUUGAUACAAGCUUCACCACGCGACCCAGAAAACUUUCCAUUUGUUAUUCUAGGUAAUAAAGUCGAUUUGGAUAAUCGUGCCGUUUCUGCCAAACGAGCCCAGCAAUGGUGUCAAAGUAAGAAUGAUAUUCCUUAUUUUGAAACAAGUGCCAAAGAAGCUGUAAAUGUCGAACUCGCGUUUCAGACUAUAGCGCGUAAUGCUUUGGCGCAAGAAACAGAGGCUGAAUUGUACAAUGAGUUCCCUGAUCAGAUCAAGCUGAACGCCAACGACAAUGGUCGCAAUAGGGAUGGAGAUAACUGUGCUUGCUAGGUUCCAUACUAUUUCCAUCAUUGGUAAUAUAUUAGUGUCUCCUUAUUUUAUAUAAUGUAAUACAAUAGAGUAUAUAAUAAUUUUAAUUUAUAAGUUAUAGUUACUUUGAUAUUUUACUAAUAUGUAAAAAAUGUAUAGAUGUGAUAGGUCUUUCAUUUUGGAGUUUUAUACAGCCUACAGCUGCAGUUAUAUACUUCAACAUUUAUGAAUUGAAAAAUAUGCUUUUAUCACAUUCUCAUAAGCAUGAUAGUUUUUAUUAUUUUAGUAAAGUACAACUGGAUUUGUUAAAAAAAAAUGGAAUCAAUUAUUGGACACAGUUUAUAAUCAAUUUUAUUUCCAAAGAUAAUAGGUAAUAAAGGCAAAGUUUAUUGUGAUACUAUUUUACUCAUGUUGUAACAGAGAAAAAAAAACAUGCUGGGUUUUUAUUUAAUUUGAACUUAUAAAUUGUUUUAUGUAUUAAUUAGUAAAUUAAAAAGUAACUGUCAAGUCAAAUACUCCAGAAAUAAAAUAUUUUCAAAAAUAUUAUAUAACUUUUUAGUAAAAUGUAGCAGUCUUUGUGUAGUAGCCAAUGAAAAUGCAGUAAUAUUGGUUGAUCAUUUUAAAAAUACAAAAACUUACCUUUUGUGAAAUUUCAUUCAUAAAGGUAUAAAAGUGAUGAUUAUUUAAGUAUUGUUGUAGUUCAUAUUUUAUUUUGUUUUAUAGUUCAAAAGAUGUUUUGGUUUCAUAACCAAAAGUAUUGUUUUGUGUCUUUCUAUUUCUAAAGAUAAUUAUUACAGAAUAACCCAAACAACAAAACAAAGUUAUAGAAUUUAAAAUAAAUCUUUAAAAGACAUUUUUUGUGUUGAUAAAUUGUAUUAUUUAUUUUAUAAAGUUUUGUAAUUCAAGUUUUGGCAAUAAAUCUAAUUCUGUAUUGCUUUAAACAAGUGAACAAAUUAAACAGUUGUUUCUUUAUUAUUCAUAUAUUUAAUAUUUCUGUAUAUAUUUGAAUUUUAUAUUAAUAGUCAUAAGUAGUUAAUAGUAAAUAAUAACAGAUUUACACGUACAUAUAAAGUUACUUUGCAUUUUAUAAUACACUCAUUCUUUUAAAAAAAAAGCUAUAUAUUGUAGUAAAUAUUGUUACUGGUAUGGUUAUCUUUAUCAUAAAAUUAUGGUAAGGACAUAAUAUAUAUGAUGUGGCACCAAUCGUCCAUGCAAAACUAAAUCAUUUAGUCUUAAGAUAACAUGUGUUGCUAAUAUAUCAUUCAUCUUGAUAUUUCGAGUUAUUGCAAUAGUUUCAACGAGCUCACGUUUGCAUGGAGAGCUCAGUUUGUUUCUUACCUUAAGGUAGUUAUAUCAAAAUAUAUCUUAAUGCUCACAAGUAACUAAUAAGCAGCUGUGCAUUAAUUACGAAUGUUUUAGAUCUGUCAUAAAAGGUUGCAAUAAUGGCCUAUCAUUGAAAUUAAAGAUUGUUUUGAGAAAUUGGGAUGUCUGAUAAGACCUUGCCAUUGGAUUACGAAUAUUUGUAUUAUUACUUGAUACUUACUUGAUUUUUGAGGGAUCUUAUUCAAUUUUCAAACAAUAACUUAAAUUGUAAGGUAUAAUUUAAAGGUACAGAAAUACGAUAUACGCUGUAAUUGGUUGCUUCUAAUUUUAUAUUAAUAAAGAAAAAUCCACAUCCA